AUGGCAACCCAAAUGAAACCAAAGAAGCGCGAAAACUCAUACGACGUCGUGAUCGUCGGCGCCGGCGUCCUCGGCUGCGCGCUCGCCGCUGCGUUCGGGAAGCAGGGCCGCCAGGUCUUGCUCUUGGAGCGUGAUCUGUCGGAGCCUGAUAGGAUUGUGGGCGAGCUGCUGCAGCCGGGGGGUGUGGAGGCGCUGGUGAAAUUGGGGAUGAGGGAUUGCUUGGAGGGAAUUGAUGCGAUCCCGACGUAUGGCUAUGAGUGUAUCUACCACGGCGAGAGGGUUACGAUUCCGUAUCCGAAGGGACCCGAUGGAAAGGCGCCGGAGGGGCGGUCAUUCCAUCACGGGAGAUUCAUCAUGAAGCUGCGCGAGGCGGCAAGAAGAACUCCGAACGUCACGAUCAUCGAAACCACCGUCCGCGACGUCAUCAAGAACAAUGCUACAGACCAGGUCCUCGGCGUCAUCUGUAAGCGCAAGGGCGCCGACGCCCUCGAGGAGCACUACUUUGGCGCGCUCACCGUCUCCGCGGACGGAUAUGCGUCCAACUUCCGCAAGAAGUGCAUCAACAAGAAGCCGCAGGUGCGGUCCAACUUUGUUGGGCUGGAGCUCAAGGACGCCGUGCUCCCAUCGCCGAAUCACGGCCAUGUGAUCAUGGGCAACAACCCGCCGGUGCUGGUGUACCAGAUUGGCACGCACGAGACCCGCAUGCUCAUUGACAUGCCGAAGAUGCCGAGCGCGAAGGACGGCGGCGUGAAGGCGCACCUUAAGAACGUGGUGCUGCCGGACCUGCCCGAGUGCAUCAGACCGUCGUUUAAGGCCGCGCUCGAGGCAGACAGGUUUCCCAGUAUGCCGAACUCGUUCCUGCCGGCGACAACGAAUACGACGCCGGGGAUGGUGCUGCUGGGAGAUGCGAUGAAUAUGAGACAUCCGCUGACGGGAGGGGGUAUGACGGUGGCGUUUAAUGAUGUGGUGUUGGUCACGGAACUGUUGAGCCCGGCGACGGUGCCAGAUCUGGAGGAUACGGAUCUUGUGUUGAGGCAGAUGUCGAAGUUCCAUUGGCAGCGCAAGUCGUUGACGAGUGUGGUCAAUAUCCUGGCGCAGGCACUCUACUCCCUCUUUGCCGCUAACGACGACCGCCUCCGCACACUCCAAAGGGGAUGCUUCGAAUACUUCCGCAUGGGCGGCCAAUGCAUCGACGAGCCCGCCGCGCUCCUUGCCGGAAUCAUCAGACAGCCCAUGGUCCUGUUCUACCACUUUUUCGCAGUCGCCUUCUAUAGCAUGUGGAUCAUGUUCGCCAACAGCGCGGUGGCCACCUGGCCGAUAGCGUUUGUCAAGAGCUUUGGAGUGCUGUAUAAGGCGUGUGUGGUGCUCAUGCCGUAUAUUUACUCUGAGAUUAGAGCUUAA